AUGCGGCCCAUCAAUCUCUGCCUCUUUUCCUCCCUCUCCCUUCCCUCCAUCACUACGGUUGCCGCCUCUGCAACCGGCUCCUCCGUCCUCGAUCUCAUCCCCUCCAACUUUGACAAGGUCGUUUUCUCCUCCUCAAAGCCGGCGCUUGUCGAGUUCUUCGCUCCGUGGUGUGGUCACUGCAAGAACCUUGCUCCAGUCUACGAAGAGCUCGCUGCCAAUUUCGCGCAUGCCGGAGACAAAGUCUCCAUAGCCAAAGUUGAUGCGGAUGAACACAAAAGUCUAGGGAAGCGGUUUGGAGUGCAGGGUUUCCCGACUCUCAAGUGGUUCGAUGGCAAGAAGGGGAGUCAGCCAGAGGAUUACAAUGGAGGGAGGGAUCUAGAGAGUCUGACGAAAUUCAUCAACGAGAAGACGGGCGUCAAGGCUAAGAGCAAGAAGUCGGCGCCAAGUGCGGUGCAGAUGCUGACGGAUAAAACAUUCAAAAAUGAAAUAGGUGGAGAGAAGGAUGUCCUGGUUGCAUUUACAGCACCGUGGUGCGGUCACUGCAAAUCUCUGGCACCAACGUGGGAGAAACUUGCCACCGACUUUGCCUCGGAACCUACCGUUGUCAUCGCGAAAGUGGACGCUGAAGCGGACAAUAGCAAAGCCACUGCGCAGUCACAGGAUGUAUCCUCCUAUCCAACGAUCAAGUUCUUUCCACGUGGCUCCUCAACCCCAGAGAUGUAUGAGGGGGCACGUAGCGAGGAUGCACUCGUCGCAUUUAUGAACGAGAAGGCUGGGACACAUCGGGUUGUGGGCGGCGGUCUGGACGCCAAAGCCGGAACGAUCGAGGCGGUGGACACAAUCCUCGCAAAAUACGUUACCAGUGGUGGACUGAGUGAUCUUGAGAAAGCGACAAGCGACAUCGGCAAAGCGGUAGAAGGCCUCAAGGACAAAUACGCUGGCUAUUACGUCAAGGCACUUCAGAAGCUGGGCCAAAACCCCGAGUAUGCACAGAAAGAGCAGACACGGCUGGCUGGGUUGUUGAAGAAGGGUGGUCUAGCACAGGAGAAGAUCGAUGAUCUGACCAGCAGGAGUAAUAUAUUAGGAAGAUUCUUGGUCAAGCAGGACGAGGGUAAGAGUGAGCUUUGA